GCUUUGGGGACACGCUUUGCUCCUGACGUUACUCCGGUGUUGCUAUGGUAACUGCGCUAAACAAACAGUUAUGCUUCGGUCGAUGUUUUGGCGUGGCGUACAUUUUGUACAUUUCUUCGUGGAAAACGCACGCAAAACAGCAUGGGUGAAGAGUUUGGUAAAUCCGGCCUGUACAUUGACGAUCUGUACACGCUGCGGGUGAUCGAUCCGGAGGUAGCGAACGAAACGAACGAGCUGAAGGAUGAGUGUGAACGGUUCACCGAGAAACUGACCGAUUUUCGCCGGAUCAUCGAUCAGUUUGCCAACAUUGUCGAGGUGUUUGCGGCGGAAGUCGACCAGGAGAAGAUGCGUGCGGUGGGCGUGCAGAACAUGCUGAAAACGUUCUCCAAGCAGCGCGAAUCGGAACAGCAGCAAAUACAGAGCGAAAUAAUCGAGAAAAUGGUCGAACUGGAUAAGCUGAAGAUCGAGUACCAGUAUCUGCAGCGGAUCGAGUCGGAGCAGCAGGAAAUGAUCGACAAUUUCUACCAGAACCAAUGAAAAACGUGAUUCGCAGCGUUUAUAUCUAAUAGAAUGUUUUUAUUUUUUAAUUAUUUAUUAUUCUUUUUUACUAUGCGUGGUUUUAAAGUUAAUGCCUUUAGAGCUUCAUGGAGAUAUUGUGUAUGUGUGUAUAGAGUUAUCCACUGCCACUUUCUGCUUCUUUCGCCACAAUCCAGUUCUGAGUGUGUUGAAUUAACUGUAAAAUUGAAUUACCGUAGUUUUUUUACUUUUUCCACGGAGCGCAAAGGCUCUCC